AUGGCGACGUCGACACCCCAGUCGCCGGUCAAUACCGAGGAGCAAAACUUUGAUUUCUCGGUCGAAGGCGUCAUUUCCGGCCCCACCCACCGUUAUUCCGAUCAACGUGUGGUGCGCCUCACCGGCCUUCCCAGCUCCAUUACCAACCGCGGCCUCAAGGAUUUUCUGAGCGAGCAACACGGUGUCGAGGCGGAAACUGUGCGCUUUGAACGUCAAGCCACACAUCAUACCCCCAUCCCGGCCGCUCCCGCCUUUGGCUUUCACUUCCACUCAUGCACGAUUGCUGAGCCGGGCCAUCGGGAAAAAGCUGCCCGCAUCCUUUUGGCCCCGGGUACUACCGCCGAAGAGGCCAUUGCCACUUUGAAUAAUUGCGUGUUCAACGAUGUUACCAUCGGCGCCGGUCUCCCACGGACAGAUGGUCUUCUCUUUGUUGGCAACCUGGCCGAUCGCGUGCCGGUGACCAAGAUCUUGCAGCUAGGCUUGCGCACCAACUGCGUGCACCGCGCCUUCCUUAUCUCACAUAACAACAAGAGCCUCGGCUAUGGAUUUGUCGAGUUCCUGACCCGUGAGGACGCCGUCAAAGCUCGUGGAGACCUGGCCUCUUACGUUGUUAAUGAGCGGCCCAUCCGCGUUGAUGUCAUGCGCCCCAUUGAUUUUGUACGCCAUCCCUGUGCACAGACUGACGGGUGCCUCGGUUAUCUCGGCGAGACGGGCAUCGAGUACUGUGAUCUGGUGCGCGACCAAGACGGCAAUCCUCGCGGCUUUGCCUUUGUCGAUUGCACCGAUUUUGAAUCCUCGUGCCGAGUGCGCGAUGCAGGUCAUGGCCUUGUCAUUGUGUCCUCAGCCAUUCGGGUCAGCUUUGGCCAUCCCCAAAAAACUGGUGAGCAGAUUAUUCAAGGCAAGAAAGAGGUGGCUCGUCAGCGCCAGCGCGGCGGACGCCAAUCGCCGCACCAGCAAGCCUUUAUUCAACCGGCCCAAAACGUCCCAGCCUUUCCUCAAGGCCACAUGGGCGCUCAAGGGCACCCCAUGCUGAUGCGCCGCAACUCACAACCCACUCAACUUGUGGGUAUGCCCGGCCGCAACGGUCCCGCCCCCUUCCAUCGCCAGCAAUCGGCCCCGGCCUUGGGCCACAAUGUGCGCAUGAACAUGGGCCAUGCCCACAACAUGGGCCAUGCCCACAACACGGGCCAUGCCCACAACAUGGGCAUGGCUCAAUCUAUGAACAUGGUCCGCCCAGGCACAACACCGAUGCACAUGAACGCGGGCAUGCCCAUGCAAACGCCAAUGCACAUGGCACCCACCAUGCACAUGACCCCGCACAUGGGUAUGAACAUGGGCGCGGGCGCGAUGCCCAUGAACACGGGCAUGGGCAUGGGCGUGCACCGCAACAGCUACGAUGCUCACUCCAACGGCUACGGCCACCCUGCUGGUACUUACACACCGGUGCCUCCCAACAGCUAUGCCCCUACCCUUCCUCCACAACCGUACCAGGGCUAUGGACCCAACGGCGAGUAUUUUGGGCACGAAGCAUACGGCACCCCAGCCAAUGGUUACAUGACAAGCAUGCCUUCGAUGCCUGGUACUCAGACACACUACUAUCCGGCGCAGGCCGUUCAGGCACAGCCAAUGCAGUCGCAGCACCACCACCGCCAGCAAGUGUACGAUCCCAUGGCCGUGCCCAUGACCCCCAUGACGCCCAUGACGCCGGGUGUUUUUACGAUGAGUGGCCCGGUUCAUGCCGCCUGGAACGGUGCCGUUGAGAUGGGUAGUCCCGAUAUGAUGAUGGACGUGGGCUACCAGGGCAUCAUCAACAUGGUCGAGGCGCCAACCCCCGCCGUCUCGUCCUCCAACGCCGGUGGCAAGGGUGCAACCACCACCACCUCUGUGCCGCUGGCCACGCCCGACCUGUAUCGUAGCAAUACCCAACGCCCACCGAGUCGCCGCGAAGGUGCUCGCAUCCCCAAGCGCAUGGGUCUUGAGAUUGAGGUCGGAGAGUCGACGUCGGAGCCCGAGUUGGAGCUGGCCGAGGGGGUGACACCUCUUUUGGACUCGCUCACCAUCGGUCCCGCCAAGCCGGAACCAGCUUCGGAAGAGGCUGUUACCCCGCGGGCGCGACGUGGUCUGCGACCAAUCCAGGAGCAAGGCACCACCGACCUGCUUUCGACUGCGGAUGCCAAGGACACCGCUGUGGGCUGGAAUCUCAAUACCCCUGGUCCCAACAACCGCCGUCCCUCCAAGGAGCCUAGCCCAUCCAUGCUCGGGGGUUCACGUGUGUCCCCCAACACGGAAAAUGCACGCCGCAAAGUGUCACCGAUUCACCCUCCACGCUACCAGGAUCGCGUGCGAGCUGCCGGUGACAACUAA